AUGCAGCUUGUCAAGUAUGCGUUUGCUUUUGAAACUUUACUAAAGUGUUUAUUCCAUAUCCCGGAGCUAGCAGUUCUUAUUCUUACAGCAAAAAGCGGAGUUCUUGAUAAUUCUCUGUCUUCCGAUGAGGAACUUAUCCCUAUUCUAGCAAAAAUCAUAUCCGGGACAUUCCAAACGCCAAACAAAGCUAUCUAUAUAUCUUCUAUUUUUUCAGCACUUUCAGCACGGGUUCCUUAUCUGUGUGAUGGGACCCAGCAUGAUUCCCAUGAAGUUAUCGCGUUUCUUUUGCAAGCCAUCGAAGAGGAAUUGCUCGGUGCCCGUGUUCCGGGCAGUCCAAUCGACAACCUCUACGAAAACGCCUCACCACGGGAGUAUCAGCUGUGGUGGGACCACUACAAGCGCUACAAUCCGACCUCCAUUACCACACUUUUCUACGGCUACUCGAUCACCUCCACACUCUGCUCGCAUUGCCACGCCCACUUCUCUACGCUCUCCGCCUUCAACACGCUCCACAUCCCCCUCCCCCUCACCCAAACGCGGUUAAACGUGAAUCUUGUCCACCAGUUCCUGGACCUUCCUACCGGACACGUGAGUCUCCGAACCGAGCCAAUCUCUGUCAAGGUGGGUCCCUCCGCCUCUCUACGCGACGUCCGCGCCGCCAUCCUCGCUUCUCUCGCCUCGAACUCGAACACCAACACUCAUAGUGAUGAAAGCAAAGCCUGCUCUCUGGACAUCGCGCUGCUCAUCGGGACAGCGACGGGCUGCGCAACUUCUUCCUCCUCGCCUACCCCGUACGUCGUCCGCGCGCGGAGUUCUCGGUAG